GUUGUCUUGAUGAUUAGAACUUAGGCUCCAAGGAGAAGCCCCAAGGCCAAGGGGAUCGAACAUACCAACCAGUGGGAGCCUUGCUGACUGACCUCUGGAGAAUGUGGGCCGGAUAUAAGAUCUUAAUCCUUGCUUAUCUCACCACAGAAAUUUGGAUGGAGAGACAGUAUUUAUCACAACUAGAAGUGGACCCAGGAGCUGAGUUCACUAGGAAUCACACCAUUUUGGAAGGUCCUCGAUUCAAAAGAGCCAUUUUCGAAGGGCAGUACUGUAGAAGUUUUGGUUGCUGUUCAGACAGAGAUGAUGGCUGCGUGACUCAGUUCUAUGAGGUGGACGCGCUGUGUUACUGUGAUAAAUUCUGUGAAAGGGAAAAUUCUGAUUGCUGUCCUGAUUACAAGUCAUUUUGCCGUGAAGAAAAUGGCUGGCCUCCUCGCACAAAGCCUUGGUCCCCAGAAGGUUGUCACAGAGAUGGUCAACAUUAUGAAGAAGGAGCAGUAAUUAAAGAAAACUGCAAUUCCUGCACAUGCUCAGGACAGCAGUGGAAAUGUUCCCAGCAUGUAUGCCUUGUUCAACCAGGAUUAAUUGAACAUGUCAAUAAAGGAGACUAUGGAUGGACAGCCCAGAACUAUAGCCAGUUCUGGGGAAUGACAUUAGAGGAGGGUUUCAAAUACCGCCUUGGUACCUUACCACCCAGCCCCUUGCUUCUGAGCAUGAAUGAAGUGACCGCUUCUUCAACUGAAACUACUGAUCUUCCAGAAUUCUUUAUUGCAUCUUACAAAUGGCCUGGAUGGACCCAUGGCCCUUUGGAUCAAAAAAAUUGUGCUGCAUCCUGGGCUUUUUCCACUGCAACAGGUGUGGCAGCUGACCGCAUAGCAAUUCAGUCCCAAGGUCGAUACACCGCCAACCUAUCCCCUCAGAAUUUGAUCUCUUGCUGUGCCAAGAAGCGCCAUGGAUGCAACAGCGGAAGUGUUGAUAGGGCUUGGUGGUACCUGAGAAAACGUGGACUGGUAUCCCAUGCGUGCUAUCCACUUUUCAAGGACCAAAAUGCUACCAACAAUGGCUGUGCCAUGGCAAGUAGGUCUGAUGGACGGGGAAAACGGCAUGCCACCACACCAUGUCCCAACAGCAUCGAGAAAUCCAAUAGGAUCUACCAGUGUUCUCCUCCGUACAGGGUCUCUUCCAAUGAAACUGAGAUCAUGAGAGAAAUCAUGCAAAAUGGACCAGUUCAAGCUAUAAUGCAAGUUCAUGAGGAUUUCUUCAAUUAUAAGACAGGGAUAUAUAGACACAUUACCAGCACAAAUGAAGACUCAGAAAAAUAUCGAAAGUUUCGGACACAUGCAGUCAAACUCACUGGAUGGGGCACACUAAGAGGAGCACAGGGGCAGAAAGAAAAAUUUUGGAUUGCUGCCAAUUCCUGGGGCAAGUCCUGGGGAGAAAAUGGCUAUUUUAGGAUUCUUCGAGGAGUAAAUGAGUCUGACAUUGAAAAGUUGAUUAUCGCAGCUUGGGGCCAGCUGACAAGUGCAGAUGAACCAUAGCAUAUCAUUAAAUUUCCAUCAGGCCAAGCAUUCAAGUCACCCUUUAAAUUGGAAUUAAACCAUGUGAGGUUCUCUGUGACAGUGCAAUCUUUGCCUUGUCACCUUGUUAUCACAACCUUCUUGUUUUCUUGUUUCACCCCAGGCCCUAAGCUCCCAUUUCCUUAUUGUCACCGAGUAUGUAAAACCACUAGCAGAGGACUGCAGAGGGACUAAAUGCCUUUUAAAUUCCCUAGUAGUCUUCAUUUCCCUCAUGACAAUGUUCCUUUUGACUUUGAUCAUUUGCAAACAGUGUGAUGGCAUUUGUUUUAAAAGUUCCUAGCAUUUGUUUGUGGAAAUGAUCUGGUCUCUGUCUUUGAACAAUGAGGAUGUCAGACAACAAAAAGCACUGAAAACACCAGUUUGCCAUCAUUUGCAAUUUUUUUCCACCCAAUAAUGCUUUCUUAAUUCCGACAUUGCUUAUGAUUUGCUAAAAAGCAGUGGAAAUAUAUUGUUUCUCUCAGUAAGCUGACAUUUUGGUUCUUUUCAUUCUUCUAAACUGAACUUGCAAUCUAACUCAAAGGGAGAGUCACUAUCAUAGGAAAGAACCACUCUUUACCCUACAAAGUAAUUGCUUAUGAUGCGGGGAAGAUGGUAAGUAACAAAAAAACGUAGAUGCUGGCAACGGAAGUACUGUCUUAAUGUGUAUGUAGGACACACACUCCUAUUUUUGGAAACCAGUGUACUUGGUAGAAAGUCUAUUAAAAUGAGCUGCAAAACUGUAUUGGGCGAGAUCACAUAUUUACCCCCCAAAACAGCUCAGAUGUCACAAAUUUGCAUCUGAUUUCAGUUCUCAAUAGUCAGAGAAACAAAAAUAGCCUCCUCAUCCUUGUUGGGAAAGGAUGCAAUCUUCUAAUAAUUCACUGACAUCUUAAAUGACAAAUUAAUAAAUGAAGAAGUGAAGCUGAUCUGUCAGUGAGCCUGGCGGAUUAUAAUGACGAUGGUGGGAUACCCAUGCCCUUCACUGCUGGGCCCUCUGUUGUCUGGAUUUCCAGUGUAGAGCUCUUUUAUGUGGUCGCACCCAGCAAUACCCUGGCUAAAUGAGCCAGAUGUGCGGAAAAUGGGAGAAAACAGAGAACGGAAAUGUGAAGUGCUGCUGCAACGGUUGUUUUCUCCAUUAAUCUCUGCUGUGUUAUCAGAAGAAGCAUCUAUUCACUUAGUUCUCCCCUAGAAACCAUACAGGAGUCUCAUUCACCUUGUUGUGGUUGGUUGAUACAUAUAUGUGUAUGGACAUACGUGUAGGUACACACACAUAUAUGUGUGUAUGUACAAAUAUAUAUACAUAUAUAUAAUGUAAUAUAUAAUAUUAGUCAGCCAAAAAAAAGAAAUAAUGCCAUUUGCAGUAACAGAUGUAUUUAGAGAUUAUCAUCGUAAGUGAAAUAAAUCAAAUGGAGAAAGACAAA